CCACGUGCACUCACACGCGCACACACGCAUUCACUCCAUCUCCACACCACCACACAUCACCAACACAACCACACAACACGAUGGAGGGUGAUGCGACGCCCACGCCCAAGGCGAAGAAGCGAGUCUCGCUCGCGAUGAAGCCCGAGAUCAUCCCCAACACAAAGACACAGUCAUCAACAUCAACCGCAAAGAGAAUAUCGGGCUCAGCCGAAGCGCCAGCGAAGAAAUCAAAGUCCACAGACUCAGCAACAGCAGACCCAACAGCAACGACGAGCAAAGCCAAGAAGGCAAAGGGAAAGCAGGCAAAGGGGAAGAAGAAGAACAAGGCCAAGAAGCCCACGGGUCCAAAGGACAUCCCCCUGCACGUGCCCGAUGACACACCACAAGAAUCCCUCUUCGCAAGCAAACGCAAGAAGCAGAAGAAAAAGGCCAAGAAAGAGAAGGAGGAGACGUUGGACCCGGCAGCGCUGGCAUCGGAUAUCGACCCUGCCCAGCUGCAGGUCGAUUACGUGGACAACCGGCGGGGUCCGCGCCCAGGCGAGAUUGCCAACAAGCUGCGACGAAAGGAGCUCUACAAGUCACAAAAGCACCAGAAGGAGAAGGACAAGAAGGCACGGCGAAGGCAGCGCGAUAUGCUUGAGAAGCAGUAUGGCGACGCUGUCCCCAAGCCCAAGCCCAAGACCAUCGAGUCCAUGCGUGUCAGUGACGGCACAGAAAUCGCCGCAGAUGACGAAGAGGUACUUGGAGAUGAGAGGAGCGAUGAGUUUGCUUCCUAUUUCCUCGGCAAAACGUCCAAGGUCCUCGUCACCCUCUCCACCAACCGCCCCUUCCAAAGAACGCUUAAGUUUGUUGAGGAGUUGAUUAACAUCAUCCCUUCCGCCACCUACAGAAAACGAAACGGUUUCCCGCUCAAGACCAUUGUGGAGCAGGCCUCUGCGCGCGGGUACACGGCGCUGAUUGUUGUGAACCAGAACAUGCGGCGCGCCGAGUCCCUGGUCAUGAGCCACCUCCCGUCGGGGCCCACCGCGCACUUUAAACUCUCCAGCGUUGUUUGGCCAAAGGACAUCCACGGCACCGCAAAGGACACGGGCCACUUCCCCGAGGUGCUCACCACCAACUUCAAUACGCGCCUCGGCAAGCAGGUGUCGCGCAUGUUCCAGUCGCUCUUCCCGCAGCACCCGGAGUUUACCGGCCGCAGCGUCGUCACCUUCCACUGCCAGCGCGACUUUAUCUUCUUCCGCAGGCACCGCUACAUCUUCCGCGACACCAAGCGCGUCGGCCUCCAGGAGAUUGGCCCGCAAUUCACGCUGAAACUGCAGUCGUUACAGCGUGGCACAUUUGACACCAAGUACGGCGACUACGAGUUUGUCGCCAAGGCAGACAUGUACGUGGACCGCAAGAAGAUGUACCUGUGAGCGCAUGCACGCUUGGCGCCCGUUUUGUGCCCAAUGCGUGCUGCUGUGAUAUGCCUGAUGAGACCCAUGAUAAUUAAACGACCCUCGACUACCCAA